CACGGUUGUGUUUGUGAGGCAAGCGAAGCCAAAUGUCUUUUUUUGGCAGUUUGGGGAAAACAAGCCAACCUACUCGCGAAACUGUUGAUACGAACUGUUGAAGGAGUUUGUCUGGACAAGUACGCUGUGUUGCUUGAAUAUGUGUAUUUUGAUUUUACGCCAAUCGGAAACGACGGCAUCACUGUGCAUAGCUUAGCCAAUUUCUUGGCAGUUUGCGAACAAUCAGAUUGCCAUGGCAUGCAUUGCUCGAUAUUUAUUCAUUCUUCCUUGGACGUCGCGUUGGGUUUGAAGUAUCUGCACGAGAAAGGGAUUGCCCACCGUGACCUGAAACCUGAGAAUAUAUUGGUGUCUAACCACCAUUACAAUCGUCUCACAGAUACACGAGCAGUCGAAUGCAUGGCUUCCAUUAAGCCACUCAUAUGUAAGCUGACGGACUUUGGUGAAAGUCGAUCAAAAGACAUCCACACCGAGCAAAUCCUAAAAUCGAAGACCGCACGGGUAAACCGAGGUGAGACCGCUUAA